GUCGCACGUAUGUCGCGUGAUAAAGCAGGAAAGAGCGAGAAACACUGAGACAUUCGAACCAUCAUACAAAAUGUCUUCAAAAAAGAUAUAUGACGUUUCGCCACAAGAAGAAGAAAUUGCACUAUGGAGAGAUGCAAAACGGAAGCAAUUGCGCGAAUUGUAUCUGAAGCAAUCGGAGCAUCCGACCAAAAGUCUCCUUUUUGAUACGGGAAUAUACAGAUAUGCAUCAGCAAAAACAUCACUGGAGGUACACUUUAUACCUACUGCACUAAAUUAUCUUACAAGAAUGGGAGUUGUUAUAGCUCUUAUUACUGUUACUGCAUUGCAUCUAAAGAGAUCCAGGGGCGCAAAAGAACAUUUAUAUCGUACUGGGCAAGUGUCUUAUGCUGAUAGACAAUUCAAAUUCAAUUAAAUUAACAAUCAUAUUUUAGUGAGAUGAGCAGAGUUGAUCUUUAUCUAAUACUGGAUUGUACAGAAUAAAUUAUUAAAACACAAUAUUAAUAAAUGGUUAAUAAAUCAUUAAAAAGAAA